GCAUCAGGCCUCCUGGCUGCUCUAAGACUUGCCAUUGACCAGCAUGCCGUCCAUAAGAGUGCGACGGGGAACAUACUCCUCUUUACGCGACGAUGAUAUACCGGAGGGGAUUGCGGUGCCCUCAAGAACGCGACCUCGGAGGAGUACUGUGGCCCUCUUUUUCCCUAGCUCAGCUCCUACCGGUGAAAACCCUAUAGAGCCCAGCCAAGCCGUAAGCACUUCUGGCCGAUCCAGGACUACGAGCGAACCGGGAACCAUCGCCGCAGAACCCCAGCAUCCUCUCAAGAGCAAAGUCUCCAAUCACAUAUUGAAUGGGACUUGGAAGUCUAGGUACUCUGCCGGCAGGGGUCAGAAUGAUGUACCUGAUGCGGCUGGAACUCCAAGACAAAGAGUUGUAUCUCUAGAGGGCUCGCAAGUAGACGUACUCGUUCGGACGGGCCAGCUCCCCGGACGUGUGGGCAGUGCUCUGAGCGUCCGUUCCUCCUUGAACGAUGGUGCUUCAAGCUUAGGAGGCGAACAUCAUGAAGAUGACAUCGUCGAACACUUGGAUGCGAUCGACCCUCAAAUAGGGACGGUUUCCUCCCUCACCAAUGCCGCCAACGCCAUCCUCAUUCCGCCCCUAUCUCUCUAUUCACGCAAACCCAUAGUGUCCUUACCGCAAUCUCCUGCUCUCGGUGCUGAGGAUGUGGAGAAGUCUCGUGGAGCGUCGCAUAUGGACGACCUAGAUCAUCACGUCGAAAGUGUUCUCUCCAAGCGGCAGGUCUUUAAGAGGACGAUGAAGGGAGUAUGGGCCUUCGUGAAAACACCUCUGGGGUUUAUCACGGCAGUCUACGGGUUUCUCGUCGCGUUCUGGGGUGCCGCCAUUGUUAUCUUCUUACUGAAGAUCAUCAACUUUCACAACGCGAACACGCAAGGUUUCUGGGUAGAGGUGUCUUCGCAAGUGGAAAACGGUUUAUUCACCGCGACGGGCAUAGGCUUAAUACCCUUCCGAGCCAUGGACACCUACCGGAUAGCCAGAAUCUGGUAUUACAAACGCAAAACAAGAAGACUCAGAAAACAGGCAGGCUUGCCAGAACUCAUCGACGAAGACGACUUACCAGACCCUAUUUAUGACGUAAAUUAUGUACACGUUCUUACUGACGAAGAGCAAGCGGAUCUACAUUAUCAACAAAUUAAAUUCAUGAAGUCGCAAACGUGGUACAGACCUCACGGGACCGACACACAUCGAGCAUUCCCUAUCAACACCGCCUUGCUCAUCUGCUGCCUGAUAGACGGCAACUCGCUCUUCCAGAUCAUUCUAUGCGGUACGAUGUGGGGACUCAAUCGAUUCGAACGUCCAGCAUGGAGUACCGGUAUCCUUAUCCCGGCCAGCUUCCUGUGUGGCAUAUUUUCAGGAGUCUUCAUCUGGCGCGGUGGCCAAAAGACAAGACGAACAGAAGAAGUGCAAGAGCGGUUACGCGUAGCUCUGAGUACGCAUCCGGAGGGCACACGCGACCUCGAGGGUAUGACGGUUGCAGAGUCGGCGGCGGAACCCAAAGACACCACCGACACUGUUGCUGGUCGUCUGUCAUUGGACCGACGAGGAAGUGCAACAGGCACAAGCAUGGACGACACUCCACUUGUUAACCACGAGAAGACCAGUGAUAGAGCUAUGGAGGACAGUUGA